GCAUACGACACGCACACACUGUACGGUACCCGCCACUCCACUAUCUGCUGAUACAGAAUCUGGACUCCGGACUGGCCCGGAGUCGGAGCCAUGAAGUCCGUCGCCGACCACCAUUACCACGGCUUCCACUCCCCUUCGCCGGCACCGGCGACGAAGAUCUCCAUCCCCGUAUCCGCCGUCGGCGCGGGCGCGGAGGCGGCGCUGCUCGGGAAGGGGCGGUACAAGGCGUGUGCCCUCGCCGCCAUCGCGCUCCUCGCGCUCUGGUCCAUGUUCGCCGCCUCCGUCACCCUCCGCUGGUCCUCCGAGUCCGAAGACCUGGCUGCCACCUCCGUGGACGUCAGCGACCCCUUCAUCGACGACCUAGACCCGCUCGAGAUGGAGGAAAGGGAGAAACUAGUGCGCCAGAUGUGGGACUUGUAUACGCGCACCGGUGAUCAUGUAUGGCUUCCACGGUUCUGGCAAGAAGCAUUUGAGGCUGCAUAUGAGGAGCUUGCUGGUGAUGAUACGCCUGCAAGUGACGCAGCUAUAUCUGAGAUUGCUCGCAUGUCAGUUCACAGGCCUGAGCUUGAGCAGGCACGGAAUAGUAAUUAGGCUAGUCAGGAAAAGAAUCCUGUUCCAACUAAAGGAUGGGAAGAACAAGAAGGUCAUAUGGUAGAUGAUGGUAAUAGAAGGAGCAGCAGGAAUGCAACUGAUGACAAGGAAAACUAUGGAUAAAGCUAUGGAGAGAGCGAAGAUGAAGAACUUGGAGACUCAGAAAGAAACCUGAGGCGAGGAGGAAAAUGAUGGCUGGUUCUAUUAUCUUAAGAAGAGUGGUGAUGGAUAUCUUAAGCAGGGUGUUUGGCUGGAAUGUGGCUUAGGCGUUUGGAAGCUGGUUGAAGCUGCUGCACCUGUUAAUGGUCAUUUGCUGAACGGUGGUACUGGAAUGUAAUAAGUAGUCUGUUUCGCUUCUAUUUCUGUUGUCCAGAAGUUACCUGGCAGCUGUUGUUUUUUACUUUCAGUCUACCUCUAAAACCCUGUGAACCUGUGUGAUUUCUGUAUGAAAUCGGGGUGAUGCCCUUGCUCUAAAAAAAGAAGUAAACAUCCUGAUGGUCUGUAAUUGUGAAUAGUAUUGCUAUUGUUAUAUACAAAAGAUUGUUAUUGCGGUAAAUAUACAAAAGAAAUUGUAA